CUCCACUGCGCAGCCGCACUUUCUCCGGGAGGCAGCAGGCAGAGCCGCCAAGAUGGCCCUGGAUAACCUGAUCUUCGCUCAGUGCAUCCUCUAUUUCCUGGCCUUUGUGUUCGGCUUCAUCGCCGUUGUGCCGCUGUCCGAGAACACGGAGGACUUCGGUGGGAAAUGCCUGCUUUUCACGCGUGGAAUGUGGCAAAACGAGAACAUCACCGUGUCUAAACAGCGCUUCAUCGUGGAUGAGUGGGGACCAGAGUGCUCCUGCAGCUUCGUCACAUUUGUCGGGAUUGCAUCCCUCAUCCUGUCCGCAGUGCAGGCGUGGAGGCUGCUGUUCUUUCUGUGCAAAGGACACGACGACUCAUUUUUCAAUGCCUUCCUCAACCUGAUGAUCAGCUCCCUGUUGAUGUUCACAGUCUUCCUGUCCAGCACCAUUGUCAGUGUGGGUUUCAACCUGUGGUGCGACUCCAUCACUGAAAGCGGGAAGAUGCCUAACAGCUGCGAGGAGCUGCAGGACAUGGAUCUAGAACUGGGCCUUGAUAAUUCCGCUUUCUAUGAUCAGUUCGCAAUAGCUCAGUUUGGCCUUUGGGCUGGCUGGCUCACCUGGCUUGGGAUCACAGUGUUAGCCUUCCUGAAGGUCUACCAUAACUACAGACAGGAGGACCUGCUUGAUUCCCUGAUCCAGGAGAAGGAACUGCUGCUUGGACGCUCCUCACGCGGCGCCUCGGACCUCAAGACUGGCCUGAUCUAGAAUCUACUGGCUGAAACACUCGCAUCUUACUCAUACAGCGCUGGUCACAAGUUUAGAUGCACCUAUCUGCUUUAAUCUCAUGCAUUUGAACCUUUUUUAAAUCAUAGUGUACUAAUAAUACAUAAAACCCCUUUAUUUUAAAAUCAAUAAGAUGCACAAUUUCUCUUUGACCUGUUAAUGGUCCAAAUCCCAUGAACAUUGAGUAACGUUUGUAGCCUUCAAAAGCUUCUAAUUUGAUUUUGGAAGGCUCUUCUUAGCUGAAAUGAUGGACUUUACUUAUACAGGUUAGCUUCCAGGCUCCAACCAAUGUUUUUAAACACAAUGUAUUUCCAGUACUUAUCAGGAACUACCUCUGAUCCUUGACAGAUCCAUACCAUGAGUAAGGAGAUCAGUUUAGUCUUAACUGUAAGCUCCUCACCAACUGUAUUUUCUUCCAUGAAAAACCCUCCUCCUCUCCUUCCUGGUGUCCUCCCAGUCAACAUGCUCAAUACCAAACAUGCGAGUUAACCUUGUGCCAAAUCCUCUGGAGCUAACAAGGCCCCACUGAGGGACCUCUUUUGUGUUCUUUGACAUAAAUUGCUACAUUUUAUUGGCUGUUUAGCUGCAUAUGCAUUGAACAGCCAUGCUGUUCUGUUUACAUACCAUUUCAUGCACACGCUGGUUGAGCUGCUGCUUAACAAAUGCUCUGUUCACUAUUCCGGAAUGUCACCAGUUCACUGCUUAUUCCUCGUAAAAAUGCUCUAAAUCAUUCUAUUGCACAAUUAGUCUAUUGUCAUCAUGACAAUAUCGCGUCGUCUCAUAAUACAUCGUGUAAAAAGCAUAUUUAUUACCCACACUUAGAUCAAUUCAAGCGUAGUUUCUUUAGGGUGAGAACUUCCCAAAAUCUCUCUUCCCAAAUUUCUGUUUUUCCAUUUAUGAUGAAAAUGCUAAUGGCGGAACCAAUCUUGCACCAAUUUAAUUAACCCCCCUCGAGAUAAAAUUACAGUGAGUUAUUUUAAUUUUAUCUGAGGCUUAUGUGAGAGAUCACGAUCUUAAGACCCUUAGGUUUAAGCUUGGUUGAAAGGUGGUUUUGGAAAGGCUGAAUGAGUUCUAUGUAGAUUACAGUUUAUAGACAGAUGAAACGAAUAUUGAGCUUUUUACCUGAACGUCCAGGAUGAGAGAAAGUAACAGCUUGCUUAGCCUGGCAUUAUAUAAGGUGAGCAGAGGCAUGCUGAUAUUUAUCCGACAGACAGAUGUUUAGAUGUGGACGACUCCUCUCCCCCCGCCCCCUACCAUCAGGUUUAGGGAUGUUUGUGGAGCCCAGUUGGCUAGAGCCUAAUGAAUUCAAGCCGCUUGCUUCAAGGCACUGACUCAUCCAUGUGGCCGAGGACAGGAUGACUCGCCACCGGGGUGUAGGUCUGUAAUUAUACCUGAAUGUGAGGCUAUAAUGACUAAAACCUAUAAGAGAAAGUCUUUACUGCAAUGCAAUAAAAAUAAUGCAUGCAAAUCUAAAAUGUGGGUGGAAUAAUGUAGAGAGAUGACUAAAUCUCAACAUUAUCACGAAUAAACAACCAAAUGGUAAAACAUCGACAUACACUGCAAAAACAAUAUAAAAAUUGGGAAAAUGUCCCUGAAAUAGGUGUAUUUACUCUUAAUUUGAGUAGGUAAAUAAGAUUAUCGGCCAAUUAAAUUACUAUUUUACCCUAAAAAUAAGAUAAUUAAUUAUUAAGCACUUGAAAUAAGAGGCUGUUCUUGUUUUUCUUAUAUAUUUUUUUAUAUAAAUAUAGGGUGUCUUAUUCUACUGGCAGUGUCUCACAUACCUGCUCAAUUCAAGACAAAAAUAUCUCUUAUUUUGGUAAAAGUUGACUAAGAUUUAAAAUUUCUGCAGUGUAGGUGGUUGUUGUAAUAGAACAUUGAUACAACACAUACAAACUGGCUUUGGAAUAAAGCAGCCAAAAAUCAUAGGUUUUGAAAAAAAAAAAAAAUUCAAAUAUCUUGGAAAAAAACUAAAGAAAAUAGUUUUAUAUUUACCCUCUAUUUUUAUAGUAAUAAAUAUCGGUUGAUUUUAGAAAACAGGUGAUUAAGAUUGAUUUUUUUUGUUUAUUGAGGUGAGUUGCCUUUUAAUUCCUUAACUUUAAAAAAAGGUUAAGUGUGCAACUAAAAGUCAAAAAAUGAAAAUGCCAGUUGUUGUGACUUUAUUAAACCUGUGACCAGAGCUGUAAGUUUUCAUCCGCCAUACGAUUCACCAACGUUUGCCUGUGGAGACAAUCCAAAUCAAUUGGCCUCUGCUUCCAUUGAAUGCAGAUCAAGUCAAAUGGAUCAUUUUCUCCUUUGAAUAAAGCUUAAAUUUAGUCAAGAUAUGCAGAUCUUGAUUACCCAAAGCCAAAUGUUUACACAACUAUUUACCUGAAAUAUAAACUGGAGUUUUCUUUAAUUAAUUUUAUCAUAUUUAACCACUCAGUAUUAUUGAGGAAAAAUUUGGUAAAAACAAGUUUCUUUGUAAAACUUUUGCAUGGUACCCAUUGCAUGACAAAAUAGAGAUGUUUCUUUAGAUAUAAAGAUAAUUAUUUUUUUUUUGGUCUUCAGAUAGAUUUUCUCCUUAGUUAUGCUUUUAUUUUGAAAAAGUAGUGAACUGAGAAUCAUUUGCAUGCUUAAGCAAAGUAGAAGACGUUGCGCUUCAUGCUACAAAACAUUAUAUUUUACUACUCUGGCAUAUGUAAAUGUAUGUAUACCUGCAUGCCUUUUCUUGGCAUUUAAUCACAUCUUACAAGUCAGGAAGAGCACAAGCAAGUUAUGUGACUUUGAUAGGUACACUUUUAUUUAAAACAAUUGAAAUCAUAAAACAACAUGAAAUAAGAAAACCCUCUAUAAAGGCACUUCUUUCAAAGUGACCAUAAAUGUUGAGACAGCAGUAAAAAGCAGCUAAGUGUGCAUAUACAAGAUGUAAGUUUACUGGGAAUCCAUUUUAUUGCUAUGGUCAAUUUAGUUUGACAGUACUGAGCUGUGAGUGUUUCUUUUUUUUUUUUCCUCUGUGCAGGCAUAGCUUUACCUUUUAUUGCUUCAAACCUCAAAUGUGAGAUCUCCACAAUCAAACACAAUCACGUUGAUUUCCCUGAAACCUGCCAUGCAGAGAGCACUGCUCUAAUGGAAACUGUGCUGUGUGUUAUUGCUCAUAACGAGAGGUAUGUAGGAUGUGCAUCACUCUGCCUUUCGAUUCCCAUUUGUUCCAUUCGUGUGCAAGUUUGGCUGCUUUUCUGAAUUUCUUUCAUUCAGUAAAGGGACUCAUAUCUAACUCAUACCUUCAAUAAAUUCAGUAUCUGUUCCUGAUA